AUGUACAGUUGCAACACCGGACUUUCACUCCCUCGCCAGACAGAUGAAAGGGAAGCUCACGGUGAAGGAAUUAGAAGCAGUGGCUUCGUUGUUGGGAUUUGGUUGGUGGGUGUUGACAAAGCAACAAUUGUCUGGACAACGUUUCAUGAAGAACCUCCGUACAAAUCGAAUGCAACGCUAGAUUUCACAGAAGAUGGUAAGCUUCUAUUGAGAACUGAUGAAGGACAAGAGAAACUCGUUGCUGAUGCAAUAGACUCGGCUUCCCAUGCUUCCAUGCUUGACUAUGGAAAUUUUGUGCUCUAUGGCAUUGAUCCCAAGAUCAUUUGGCAGAGUUUUGAUUAUCUAAUUGACACCAUUUUAGGAGGUCAAACUCUGUUUGCUGGAGCUCAGCUAUUCUCUAGUUUAACAGGGAAUAAUCAUUCAACGGGACGCUUUCAUCUCAAGAUGCCGCUUGAUGAAAACCUUGUUUUAUACCCAAUAAACACUAGAGACACACCAGGAGAUGCUUACUGGAGCUCAAACACUUUUGUUAAAGGUUUCAAGUUUCACCUCUAUCUCAAUCAUACAGGCCUUCUGUUGUAUUCUCACACCUAUGAUGAUGAAAGUAGCAAGCUCAACGUAUCUAGCUUAUCAUGGUCAGCGCUGGACAAUCUAUAUGAAGUGAAAGGUGUGUCUGGUUUCAAUAGCUUUUGUACAUUUGAUGGCGCCCAAAGGGACUGUCUUUGCCUUCCUGUAACUGAUUUCAUAGACUCGAAUCAUAGGUCUCUUGGGUGCGUGAGAAACUUUUCAGAAGAAGUGUUUAAAGGUGGGAAAGAAAAUGCAGCCUUCUAUAACAUCACUACCAUAGAGAACUUGGUGUUGGCAGAUCGUGCUUAUUUCAGGCAAUCAAUGUCAAUGGAGGAAUGUAGAAAGCCUUGUUUGGAAGACUCUGAUUGUGGUGAAGCACUCUUCAAGAGUAGCGCUUGCAUGAACAUAAUCUUCCACUAA